AUGACGUCGAAUUACAGAAUAAAUUAUGCUCUGCGAGCACAUAAACGUGACCCAUUCAUUGAAUGGAUAAAGGCUAUGUUGAUGACACCAUUUGUAUUACACGCUAAGCCGAUACCUCCGACGGAUGAUGAUCUGAAUGAAAGUGGUGAUGAACCAUACACAAUGGAUGCUAAUGUCUCGAGGUAUUGUGAAAUCCUGGAAAGUAUUGAAGGGAUGAUUAAUGAGCAUAUUUCAAAAACAAAAAAAGGUCUCCCUGAUCAAUCGCGAUUAGCCAGACUCGUCCCAUCCGUUUCAACAUUCCAUACAUCAUUACCUCUGAAAGAAUCAUUUCUGUUGGCUAAUACCAAGCAUUCAAUUGCUGCACGUCGAUUCGUGCCUCCGAGCUUUAAUGAUAUUCGAAGAAUUUUGAAUACGGCACAGAUUAUUGCCAUUGCAUCUGGUCUAAAAUUAAUCACUUUGUAA